GGUGGCGGCCAGUGUGCUGCUCUUCUCUCCAAACUUUCAGGUACCAAUAUGAAUCCUUCCUCCUUAGUCCCAUUGGUUUGUUCUCCAUAAUAAGAAUUGUUCUUUAACAAAAAUGGAUUAUUUAUCUUCUUAAGAUUUACAGUUACUCCCGUCCACUCCAUAACUGAAAUUUAGUUUCUCCUCUUCUUCUCCGGUAAUGGGUUCGCGGGGUUUUAUAGUUUUUUGAGAGCAGAGAAGUUUACCAUUUUUCGGUGUUUGUAAUAAUUUGGGUAAAGGAGUAAUCUUUUUGGGUUUUAUUUGCUUAUUGUGUAAAGAAUUCAUCCCGGGUUUAUUUUCCUUUGUCCCACAUUUGGGCUGUUUGGGUUUCAGGGUUCUUGUUUUUGGGACUUAAUUUAAAGUACUCAGUUUUGGUUUGCGGUGUUGGGGCUGGACAUUGGGGCUAGGGUUUGCAGAUUUGAGUUCCCAUUUUUGAGAUUAGACAAGAUUUAGUGUAUGGAUUCUGGAGGUUGUGCUAGCCGAUGUCGAGAUUCUUCGGAUAAAUUAACAGAAAAAUCUGAUGAUGUUUGCACUCUGGAGGUUAGUAAGGAGGUUCUGCUGCAGCCACCCACUCCUGAUACUGGCAGAGAGAUUGGGGACUUACCCUUUGAUUGUAACUCUCCAAUCACUGCAGUUGAGAAACUCUUGAAAGUUCCUUGCCUUGAUUCUCAUGCUAAGCAACACCUAUUUGCUUCUAUUGAUAAUGCCAGCCCCAAAACACCUAAGGAUGGUAUCUUUGAUCCAUUUGCUCCAGGCUCAGAUGAUAUGCUGCUGGCUCCUCUGUGUAAGAAACAUAGUGAUGUUAUGAAGACUACCAUUGCACGGCGCCUGAAAUUUGAUUAUCCAGUCAAAAAGUUAAAUUAUGGGAAUGAGACUCCUAGCAUGGAUGUGGAAUCUAUUUCUGAUGAAGAAAUGUUUGAAUCUGUGUAUGGAAUUGUCUUGGAAACUGUUUUUACAAACCAGGCUGAGGGUCUUCUUGCUGAAAUUGCGGAAGUAGAAGGGAAUUAUGAUUUUUGCAAGACGCCUUCAGCUCCUAUAUCAAAUGCAGUCGCUGAAACUUGCCCUGGUGCUCCCAUGAAAUCCUCAGGAAAAUCAAGGAACAUCGACUUAGGGUUGUGCAGAAAGCUGGAAUUCUAACAAUAACAGAAUUGAGUGGCCAUAUGCAGUAAAUAUGACAUUUUGCUGGUAACUGGUCUUGCUUAACCAAAGGCAUGCUAUUUUUGAAGUCUUAGCAUCCAUCAUCCAUGCCUUUGAGUUGUAACUUUUUGGCUCUUGAGAGAAGUUCAGUCAGACCGAAGCUUGUAGUUGCAUCAGUAAGUUGUAUAGUAAUGUCUAACAUUACUUGUUUUUGGACUUUUGCAAAUGAUCAUCUCUUGACAGUGGUAUUAUUACUAUGCUUAGACUGUGAACAAAAGACUGGUUUUGCUUAAGAGCUCAAUCUGUUGGGUGUGCUUGAUUGAUAUAAGUAUAAUGGUUGUCAAUGAUGGCACUAAGGUUGUGCAAGAAACAAUGAAAUGUUCUUUUUGAAGAAAGUUCACUUUUUUGGUACAACCAUAUAAAUAGGAGUUACUUCACUGGUUUAUUAACCAAACAUGUUUCUUGGCUUUUUAGUUCAUUACUUUUUAGGUCAAAUUGUUUUCCCCUAGAGUUUCAAGUAUAAAGAGAUGGUGCCUAU